AUGCCGAUUUCGCGGUUAUGUCCUUCCGUUCCUCAAAUCGUAGCGUGCACCCGCGACAACCAAACCGGGUCGAAGUCCGUUUCAGGGAGACCCAAGGGAAGCCCUCAGCUGAACCGGUGGUCCAGAGCUCGAGCCGUGCGGUCCGGAAAGAAAUUGGACCGGUCCAGUCUCCGAACCCAGCCACCGGGACCAAACGCUCCUCUACGUCAAUAUCCUCUACCGGUGGACCCCGUCAAUUUGGACGGCGCAGAUGUUCUGGCUGUCAAGUCCAUCUAUAUGGUCUCCGACGGAACCGGCUGGACCGCCGAACAUUGCGUUAAUGCCGCUUUGGGUCAGUUCGAUUACUGCUUGGUCGACCGUGGCUGCCCCGUCAGUACCCAUUUGUUUUCUGGGAUUGAUGAUGCGGAGAAGUUGUUGGAGAUCACCAAGCAAGCAGCUAAGGAAGGUGCUUUGCUUGUGUAUACUUUAGCUGAUCCAUCGUUGGCUUUGGCUGCAAAGCAAGCGUGUAAGUUAUGGGGUGUGCCAUCCACUGAUGUCUUGGGACCCAUCACUGAGGCCAUUGCUUCUCAUUUGGGUGUUUCUCCCUCUGGUCUUCCCCGUGGGGCUUCUGGCCUUCCCCUGUCUGAUGAUUACUUUCGUAGGAUUGAAGCUGUUGAGUUCACCAUCAAGCAAGAUGAUGGGGCAUCUCCCCAGAAUCUGGCCAAGGCUGACAUUGUUCUCACCGGCGUUUCGCGCACCGGCAAGACCCCCUUGUCCAUUUAUCUGGCUCAGAAGGGGUACAGGGUGGCCAAUGUGCCCAUUGUCUUGGGUGUGGCAAUUCCCAGGACUCUGUUUGAGGUGGAUCCAAAAAAGGUUUUUGGCUUGACUAUAAAUCCUCUAGUCUUACAGAAUAUUAGAAGAGCAAGGACUAAAACCAUGGGAUUAAGUUCAGAUGGUAGGAGUAAUUAUUCGGAGAUGGAUUAUGUCAGGGAGGAACUUGAAUUCGCUGGAAGGCUCUUUGCUCAGAACCCUCUUUGGCCAGUCAUUGAUGUGACUGGAAAAGCCAUAGAAGAGACUGCAGCAGUUGUAUUGAGGCUGUACCAUGACAGGAUGCACAAAUGCACCAUGCCAAGGAUCUCCAAACGCUAUUAG